UAUGUGCAUGCUCCCUCUAAAAAGGAUCUGAUACCAUUUGCACAAGUGCUCAGUGCUCUGUUUCCUUCUUUUAAAAUUAAGAGCUAGAGGUUGCCUUAGUCCUGACAGCUCUCACUUGCUGAGAAUGGUGCAGCAGUGCUUAAAGGCAUUGAAGUACUGCACUGCUGCUUGCAAGGGUACUGGAAGUGCUGCACUGUGCUAAAUCAUUUGCACUAACUUGCUCUUUUGUUACAUAGAUCCCUUGGCUGUGUGACAUUAUUGGAAGAUGCCUCUCAAAACGUAAGGUUCACUUGCUACUUGGCACAGCUGCAGUCAGUGUUAAAGAUCUUGAGCUCUGUCGUGUCAGGACAUCCAGCUGUUGUGAUGUCAGGCAAGUUGUGCUUAGGGGAUAAGAAAGAAGAAAGUGAUCGUUGGCAGGAAGGCAGAAUUUGUAACUUGCACUGCACUUGCCAAAGCCAAGAUGGGAUUAAUUUUCAGAUUUGGUGGCAGAAGUGGAUCAGUUAAAUCUUCAUCUACAAAGGAAUGCAGGUAAUGUUAUCAGAGUCUGGGUCUUACUGAAAGUCAGCAGGCUUUUAAAUGUCCAGUUUACUCUCAUGUACAAGAUCUGGACAUUUAAACAGUAUUAUUCAGUUUGCUUACAUUUUAAGAACAUGCAUGCUCACCUCUUCCUCUCCAGAGAAAGAUCUUGUGCUGAUAAGAGGGAAAGAGCAGCUAAGGUUGCAGCAUUCAUCAUUUCUUCCUCCAUGAAAUUGGUGAUGACUUGGAGGAGUCUGGUCUGGUGAAUAAAUUUAACUUUUGUGGUUGUGGUUUUGCUGUAGUGUCUGAUUCUGUAGUAGGUGUGUUUUGUAGGUUUUUGUAGGUGGGUACCUCUCAUUGGAACUUGAUUUGAAGUACAAAACCAAACUCUAAAAUACUUGGUGGACAUGAGGAGUUGCAACGUGUUGGUCUGCCCUGGAGGCCGGGAGCAGUUCUAAUCUGCUUGGUGAGUGCAUUUGAAUGCACUGCAUGCAGAAAGUGGACUUCGAACCAACAAACUUCUAUGGGAAGGCUGCUGCUGAAGGAACAAAAGAAAUUUACUCCACGGCAGAAGAUUCUGACUAAGCUGGCCAGGCCAGAUGCCUACAGCAUUCAGACCAAACUGAGCAAGGAUACUGAAUGCAGGUGAACUUUCCUAAAUGAGGAAGAUGCUAAUAAUGCUUUUCUGUGUUUCUGGUGCAAUGAAUGAAUGUUUCCUUUAACAAAGCAAAUAACUCAUUGGUGUGCGUAAACCAGAGCACCUGUGGUGUUCCCCACAUGACGUCUGAUCUGUUGCCAUCAGGAAGGUGGAGCUGCACAGAUCCUACUGAGAUGGCAGGCCUGGUCUCCAGGAGCACGGCUGUUCUGCUUGGAGGUUGUUGUAAUCCUUUCCAGUGGCAGUCCAGGUGUUUCACAAUGAAGCAAGCUCUCAAACUUCAGCUCAGCAUAGGAACAUCCAUGAGUUUGGGUUCUUCCCCAGAGAAGACCUCACCCACUGUAUCCAUUUCCUUAAUUACCACAACACCAUGGAGAUACAACAAAUUGCACUGGGAGUACUUGGUGUGCUUGUCAGCACAAGGAAGCAGCAGAAAGAGGAAAUGUGUAUGAAACCACGGCCCUGGACUGGCAAAUGUUUAUCUGUGCUGGUGAACAAAAGGGUUUGAGACCAUUUUAAAAUUCUGUACAAUCAUCUGCUUUUUGUGGUCUGCUGCCUCACACCAGCAAUUGCCUCCGUGUGCUCUUCCCAGCUUUGGCAAGGAAGGUAUUCUUGGUAACAGAAAGCUGGCAAGUUGGUGUAGUGACCUUAGGAACUGUUACCCGUGUGGCCGACCUGCCCAGUCAGUGCCACCCAAGUCCCAGAGAGAUCUGUGCUGCAUGUAGCUGAUGCCUGCUGGACGAGGACGGGAAGACAGAAGCGCAUUUGGAAGGAAGGCAGAUGCCUGCUAGGAUGGCCCUGACCAGUUCAUUUUCCAGCAAGCCAGUACCGCCAGGCUCCGAAGGAGUUUCAACAGGGAGAGAAGUUCACCAGAGCAAGCUGGACUUUUUCUGUAAGCUAGGCUAUGGUAAACAGGACAUCUGCAAAGUGCUGGAGAACUUGGGCCAAGAGGCCCUGGAGGAUGAUGUGCUCAAAGAGCUGAUUCGGAUGGGGAGAAAACCUCAAGCUCUGGAGAGCCAGGCUCAGCCUCCCCAACUAAAACUUGUAGCCCGUGGGUCAUGCAGCACCUCACCAGUGCCAAAGUGGCUCGGAGAAGAGGAAGGUGAUUCCUCCAGUCACUUGAGAGCCAUAGUGAUUGACGGCAGCAAUGUAGCAAUGAGCCAUGGAAACAAAGAGGUCUUCUCCUGCUGGGGGAUCCGCCUGGCUGUGGACUGGUUCCGAGAAAGGGGACACACCUACAUCAAGGUUUUUGUCCCCCUCUGGAGGAAGGAGCCCCCUCGACAAGACAGUCCCAUUGCAGAUCAGCACAUUCUUGAAGAGCUUGAGAAGCAAUCAAUCCUUGUGUAUACCCCAUCUCGGAAGGUGAAAGGCAAGAGGGUAGUUUGCUACGAUGAUCGCUAUAUUGUGAAGGUUGCUUACGAAAAAGAUGGGGUCAUUGUUUCCAAUGACCAUUACCGGGAUCUCCAGAAUGAAAAUCCUGAGUGGAAAUGGUUCAUAGAGCAGCGACUACUCAUGUACUCUUUUGUCAGUAAUAGGUUUAUGCCUCCUGAUGAUCCAUUAGGCCGGCACGGACCCACUCUUAAUAAUUUCCUCAGCAAAAAGCCAGCACUUCCUGAAUCAACAUGGCAGCCUUGCCCCUAUGGUAAAAAAUGCACUUACGGUAACAAAUGCAAGUUUUACCAUCCCGAGAGGCUGCAUCAAGCUCAGCUGUCAGUUGCUGAUGAGCUCAGAGCCAGAACAAAAGUGCCCAUGAGCCUGGGGAAGGAGGAGGAGGUGUGCAACUGCUCUCCAUAUCGGACUGGCAGAGAGCCUAUGCCUCACAACCCUGUCACAGAAAUGCCACAGGGAGCCAGCAGGAGCAUGAGGGCUUCUUGCUAUGCAGCAUGGUCCCCAGACAGAUACCAGCCAGCUGAUGCCUGGGCCAUCAGAUCCAACUCUGGCCUGGAGCUGGACAGGAAACCACCAGAAGUCCUCAGAGGCCAUCCCCUCGUGGGAGACAUGGCAGCACUCUUCAUCAGUGACAAGGUGUACUCUGGAAACAGACCAGCGUGCACCUCAAAGGACAAAGAUGUGUCUGACAGCCCUCAUAGCUGUUGUAGCCUGAGGCACAACCCCUUUCUGCUGCACCACCACCACCACUGCUUGGACUGCACCUGCUUACCAGGGAGCCCCUUCCAGCACUCAGUGAUCCCACCUGCUCCAGGCAGGCACCAGGAGCACUGCUGGCCCCAGGAGUGCUGGUCUGAUGGGUCCCAGUCUGGGCCAGUCCUGGAGGCACAGCAGCAGCAGCACCUUCCUCCAUCCUCUGUGAUGCCUCUAGCUGAGCCACUGCAAGUUUACAGAGAGAGGCCCCAGUGCUGUUUCCCCAGCCAACCCUUUCUGCUGGAUGCCAGCAGCACGCCUGACUUCUUCCAGAAAGCCUCUGCUCAGCCCAGUGCUGCUUACUGUGGUUACUGGCCACCCCAUGCUGCAAGACCUCCUGCCCAGCAAACAAGUGUCCACAGGGAGCUGUGCACUAUUUUCCCCUGUGCCGAAGUGAAUCGAGUCAUGGCACUGUACCCUGAGAUCAAGGAUAUCGCUAGCUUGACAUUACUGAUUCAAAGACACAGAAACUUGUGACGUCUCCAGGUUAAACCUUUCCCACCAAGUGCAGAGCUGCUACUCUCAGGUUUACCUGAGUGUUACCAAAGGGCUUUAUGAGUUGAGUUACAGCUGUUCAAGUAGCAUACAGCUGAGCGUCAACCAGUUAUGAUGCAUGGGGCAUUGAGUCAAGACAAUUGCUGUGGUUCACAGCGGCAGGAUCUUGUCUACUUCACUUGGGAGUGAGUAGGAAGCCUUGAGUUUAAUAACUGAGCUGCCAGCAUGUGAACCUCAUGUGUUUCUAAUGUUCUAAUGUGCUGUUUAAAUACCACCAAGGAGCUAUUCUCCAUGGGUCCCAUUAAAGGGAUCCUCAUAACAUUUAUCACGACUAGUCUGCUCAGCUAGCCGAAAAAAAAGUGAUUUGGCAUAUUUCCCCUAACACGGGGCUGUACUUCCUGCUAGAAGGCAUCUUUGGGCCCAUGUAAUUACCUGAUGGCUUUAAUUACAAAGCAAUUGUGUCCUAGACCUUUAAAAAACCCAACUAGUGUUUAUGAACCAAUGCUGUGAACCCACAAGAUUACUAGUAGAGGUAGCAAAGAAAGACCCCAGAGUGCUUGGAAGCAACUGCAGGUAUGUUUCUCAGGGCUCAUGCACAAUAAGUCAAGUGAGGGAAGUUCUCUGUAAUAUAAGUAAGUCCUAUUGCAGUCUGAAAGCUCAGGGCUGUUCUUUGAGUUAACAUAGAAGAUAGCAAAGGAAAAUAAUAGUAAUAGUAGCUCUGGACUACUUCUGUCCUAGUAAACAAGAAAAAACAUUGUUGAAUUAACCCUUAAUUACCAAACGUGAUCCCAUAAUGCCACUAUACAGAUGAUUUAUGAUGACAAAUAUUUAAACUCUAUUCUGCUGGGACACGUUUGAUUUUCAGUAAGCUGUAAAGCUAUUAAUCUUUGUGUUAUUCCAUUGAAUUUUUUUAAGUUAAAAUUCAAGUGUUAAGGUUGAUCCUGAAUGUUUUUUGGCAUUUUACCAAAGUUUAAGUAUGUCAGUAUGACAGAUCUUAAGAAUUAUUUAGCAUGUUAUAAAAUGAACACCUAGAACACUUUGCUCUGAAAAUGUUCUGGUUUUUUUAUUCAUUCCUUUUAGUGCUGAUGGAUAAUUAGGUCCAACAUUUAGGUGGCCUUUACAGAAUCUCAUAUGCAUUAGAGAAUCUCUAGUGGGUUCUUAGAAGUACAGUCAGGCAAUAAUUAAACCUAGCUCGCACUGAAUGCUCUUGGUUUGGAAAGGCGAUCAAGCAGAAGUAAUUUACCUUUAGUGUCACUGUCACAUGAUGCAUUUUUUGUGUUUGUGAGAAGAUUCUUCAGGAAAUAAACCAAAUCAGCUGAUUCUCUUUUAGUCAUGUGGUGGCUGACUGAGAAGGCAUUGUAAAAGAAUGCGGAAGUGUGACCACAAAUAUGACAGCUUUUUCCAUAUGACAUGACUUUCCCACUAAUUAUAGUCAUUGUAAGUUUCUGUAUUUGUUUAUUUUUUUUUUAACGUAAAUCACCUCCUUCAGAUUGCUGUGUUUUGGCUCAUUGGAAUAGCUUGCACUAUCCUCUGGAAAAUACACAAAGAUUAGAAACUCAUUAAACCAAAAUCAUGGAAUAUGUGAAUUGGUUUGGAAAGUAUUUGAGGUCUACAGCCAGCGUUAGUUUCCAUGAAAUAUGUCACACUCCACCUUAGCAUAAUGAAUUCAUGAAUCAAAUGUGAAUAUUGUGCCCACUGAAGGAUGGGUUCACUGGAUGGCCCAACGUCCUGCACCAGCGCUUCCCGUCGUGCCCAAGCACAUCUUCACACUGAAAGUGCCCUGAAAGCUCCUUCCCCAUACAAACAGCAAGACCCAAAGGACAACGUUCAGAAAAUACACAAAAAGCAGUGGAACAGGUAAUAGCCAUACAUGUCAUCAUUUAGUAGCUUUAUGUCUGGAAGGUAGGUUACAUAUUUCAAUAUAGAGAGCAUUUAGAAACAGGAAACUUGGCACAGUGCCCUCUACAUAGUGCCCUGGGCUUGCUGACUACAUGUGUGUAAGCUUUUUCUCCUUUUUCCUCAAGAAUGCUGAGGAAUUUGGUCCUCAUUCAAAACUCUCUCCUGUUAAAUACCUUUUUUUUGCUUUCAUUUCUGCCUUAUUUACUGUGCAGUCUCUCAGUAAAACACCCAGAAUAUGCAUUCUGUUAAGAAAGUGUCUGAGAAUAUAAAUCAGACUUCAGUGCUAAACAGAACUUGACUUCUCUUGGCUCAUCUGCUCAGAGAGAUUUUUCUCAUGAAGUUUUUGUUUCAAGGGCAGCACAGCAGCAGAGUUAUGUCAUUGAGUGCUGUAGAGAAACUCUGCCCUUGGCAAAAGGCCCACGGCAAGCACAAACCAUUUUAUUAUUUCACCACUGAGUAAGCAUCUGGGACGAGGGGCCUUCUUCUGCAGCCUUUUAUACUCUCCAAGACAGUAGGAUUGCUUUCUGGCUUGAGAGUGAAGGGAAGGAACUGCUAACAGGAAGGAAUAGGUAGCUCUCACACAGACGUUAUGGACAGCUGUUGCCAUUUGGUGUCUCUGCUGAGAUGCAUUCGAGGGCAGCUCUGGCUUGCCAAGUUGAGAAUGAAUCCAUAAAUCCCCAGAGGCUGAGAGCCUCUAAGGCCUUUGCUUUUUGGUUGUCAAGACAAAAAAAAGAAGAUUGAAGCAGUGGGAGCGAUCCUCCAGGAGAUGAGCUGCUUUCCUAAGGAAGAUUUACAAAGUUUUGUAUUUAUUGUUAGACUAGUAAAAAACCAAAAACAAACAAAAUCUAAACCGACAACAUAGAAGGGAAG